GGGAGGAGCCUGCAUUCCUUCACCCCUGGGCACCGUGCUGAGCACUUCUACUGCCCUUCCCUCUUCUCCACACCCCAGGAGCAAAGAUAAGUAAAACGCUACGACAGCAGUCACACAGGAGAACAGAGCACCCAGGCCCUGAGGCCCGGGGGACAUCAUUCCCAGAGCUGCCAGAGCAGUGGUCCUGGAAAAUAUGGAAGCAGCUGUCAGCCAUGACCCAGGGCCUGAGCGUGUGGUUCUCAGGAAAACUGGGCAGGAUAUGUGACGGCAGAAGGUUCUGGCCUCUUCCUGGGAAAAGCCCUUCUAGAGUUUGUCCUCUCACUUCUGGAGAAGAUGCAGACACAGGAGAUCCUGAGGAUACUGCGACUGCCUGAGCUAGGCGACUUAGGCCAGUUUUUCCGCAGCCUCUCGGCCACCACCCUCGUGAGUAUGGGUGCCCUGGCCGCCAUCCUCGCCUACUGGUUCACUCACCGGCCAAAGGCCUUGCAGCCGCCAUGCAACCUCCUGAUGCAGUCAGAAGAAGUAGAGGACAGUGGCGGGGCACGGCGAUCUGUGAUUGGGUCUGGCCCUCAGCUACUUACCCACUACUAUGAUGAUGCCCGGACCAUGUACCAGGUGUUCCGCCGUGGGCUUAGCAUCUCAGGGAAUGGGCCCUGUCUUGGUUUCAGGAAGCCCAACCAGCCUUACCAGUGGCUGUCCUACCAGGAGGUGGCCGACCGGGCUGAAUUUCUGGGGUCUGGACUUCUCCAGCACAAUUGUAAAGCAUGCACCGAUCAGUUUAUUGGUGUUUUUGCACAAAAUCGGCCAGAGUGGAUCAUUGCGGAGCUGGCCUGCUACACAUAUUCCAUGGUGGUGGUCCCGCUCUAUGACACCCUGGGCCCUGGAGCUAUCCGCUACAUCAUCAAUACAGCGGACAUCAGCACCGUGAUUGUGGACAAACCUCAGAAGGCUGUGCUUCUGCUAGAGCAUGUGGAGAGGAAGGAGACUCCAGGCCUCAAGCUGAUUAUCCUCAUGGACCCAUUUGAAGAAGCCCUGAAAGAGAGAGGGCAGAAGUGCGGGGUGGUCAUUAAGUCCAUGCAGGCCGUGGAGGACUGUGGCCAAGAGAAUCACCAUGCUCCUGUGCCCCCACAGCCUGAUGACCUCUCCAUUGUGUGUUUCACAAGCGGCACAACAGGGAACCCAAAAGGUGCGAUGCUCACCCAUGGGAACGUGGUGGCUGAUUUCUCAGGCUUUCUGAAAGUGACAGAGAGUCAGUGGGCUCCCACUUGUGCGGAUGUGCACAUUUCCUAUUUGCCUUUAGCACACAUGUUUGAGCGAAUGGUGCAGUCUGUCGUCUAUUGCCACGGAGGGCGUGUUGGCUUCUUCCAGGGAGACAUCCGCCUCCUCUCAGAUGACAUGAAGGCUCUAUGCCCCACCAUCUUCCCUGUGGUCCCACGACUGCUGAACCGGAUGUACGACAAGAUCUUCAGCCAGGCAAACACACCAUUAAAGCGCUGGCUCCUGGAGUUUGCAGCAAAGCGUAAGCAGGCCGAGGUGCGGAGUGGAAUCAUCAGGAAUGAUAGUAUCUGGGAUGAACUCUUCUUUAAUAAGAUUCAGGCCAGUCUUGGUGGGUGUGUGCGGAUGAUCGUUACUGGAGCAGCCCCCGCAUCACCAACAGUUCUGGGAUUUCUCCGGGCAGCUCUAGGGUGCCAGGUUUAUGAAGGUUAUGGCCAAACUGAGUGCACAGCUGGAUGUACCUUCACCACACCUGGCGACUGGACCUCAGGGCACGUAGGGGCACCGCUUCCCUGCAAUCAUAUCAAGCUCGUUGAUGUUGAGGAACUGAACUAUUGGGCCUGCAAAGGAGAGGGAGAGAUAUGUGUGAGAGGACCAAAUGUGUUCAAAGGCUACUUGAAAGAUCCAGACAGGACGAAGGAGGCCCUGGACAGCGAUGGCUGGCUUCACACUGGAGACAUCGGAAAAUGGCUGCCGGCAGGAACUCUUAAAGUUAUUGAUCGGAAGAAGCACAUAUUUAAACUUGCUCAGGGAGAAUAUGUUGCACCCGAGAAGAUUGAGAACAUCUACAUCCGGAGCCAACCUGUGGCACAAAUCUAUGUCCAUGGGGACAGCUUAAAGGCCUUUUUGGUAGGCAUUGUUGUGCCUGACCCUGAAGUUAUGCCCUCCUGGGCCCAGAAGAGAGGAAUUGAAGGAACAUAUGCAGAUCUCUGCACAAGUAAGGAUCUGAAGAAAGCCAUUUUGGAAGAUAUGGUGAGGUUAGGAAAAGAAAGUGGACUCCAUUCUUUUGAGCAGGUUAAAGCCAUUCACAUCCAUUCUGACAUGUUCUCAGUUCAAAAUGGCUUGCUGACACCAACACUAAAAGCUAAGAGACCUGAGCUGAGAGAGUACUUCAAAAAACAAAUAGAAGAGCUUUACUCAAUCUCCAUGUGAAGUUCAAGGAAAGUUCUUCCCAGUAUAAUGGACUGUGUAGCAAUAUUAUAGUUAUUCUUGAAAGUAAUGAGUCAAAAUGACACAUCUGAAAAUGAAUAAGCAUCUGAUUUUACGACUGAGCCUUUUCCUGUCCCAAGAGGUCUUUAACAAUAUUUUCUCUAUCAUCAAUGAGUACACUUUAUUUUUAUUAUUAAAAUGAUAUUGUAGCGGGCUGCUAAAAAUAUCACAAAUGGCAAUGUAAAAAUCAAGACAUUUUCUCAAGAACUGUGUACCACUAAAAGUAAUAUAUUCUCAAUGUUCACAGAACUCCUAUUAAACAUAAAGGAAAAACAUAAGUGAUAUAUUGUACUUAAUUAUUUGUGAAAUAGCAACCAGAUGCAGUAAAUAUCUAGGCAGUGCGGACUACCUCAUUCAAUAACUGAUUGUCAAAAUCACAAUUAAAUCAGACUUCAAAAAUUAAAGCUAGGUGUACAGAAUCAUGCUAAAACAAAACAUGAUAACUCAUAGUCUAUGUAACUUCAGAUUCUUUAAACAUGACAAUCCAUAUUGUCAUAUGUGAAAGUUUUCUAUCUGAUUUUUACUUUCAUUCAUGAAAAAUGCAAAUUCAGAAAUUCUUUUUUUUUUUCUUUUUGUUUGGAGACAGGGACUGCUCUGUCUCAAAGGAGUGCAGUGGCUCAAUCAUGGCUCAUUGCAGUCUCCAUCUCUUGGGCUCAAGCGAUCCUCCUGUCUCACCUCCCAAGUAGCUGAGACUACAGGUGCAUGCCACCACACCUGGCUAAUAGAAAAUCUUCUUUUUAGAUAUUUUGUUCAGGCUGGUCUCAAGCUCCUGAGCUGAAGGGAUCCUCCCGCCUUGGCCUCCCUAAGUGCUAGGAUUACAGGCAUGAGCCACUGUUCACAGCCAAAUUCAGAUAUUAUUAAAACACAUGUCAUAUUUAUAUAGUAACUUACAAAGACCUUUCAAUACGUUUUCUCAUUUAUUAAGCUCAUUAAAAUAUUCAGGAACUAUCUAGAAAAAAUAUAAUGGAAAACUAUUCAAGGAUAGUAUGUAUAUGUUCAUGGACUUCUUAUCAUAAUGAAUUCUAAAAGACAUCUGUUGACUCUACAAUGAAUGGAUCCUUGAGGAAGACUUGGGAGAAGAAACUCAGAGUUAUUUCUCAGGGUAGGCAGCAAUUAAUGUACCUAUAUUCCUUGCUGGGGUCUUCUAGUUUUCCAUUCCCAAUGUGCCCACGCUAUGCCUGGAAACCCUAUAUGGUUGUAAUUCUGAACAAUUUCACUUUUUUCCAGUAAGAAUAUCAGGGCAGAAGGUGGGAAGGAGAGGAUAUUAUUUCCAGGGAAAAUAGUUUUUCAACAAUGUAACUUGAUAAACCUCUUUAAAAUGCCCCAAGAAAACUUUUUAAGUCCAUAGACAAAGAAAUACUGCCUAAUGGCAUAAUUCCAUUCUUAAAAUCUUUAGAAGUGCCCAAGUUUACCCACUAAAACCUCCUUUCUUGCAUUAUGUAUUUAGACCCACCCUGUAUUGGGGUGUCAACAAUUUCAUAUAACUAAAGUCCAGAUACCAUGGACAGCAAUUAAGUGCCAAGCUAUAGAUUGUGCCUCUGAAAAACGAAUAGAUCCCAGGAAGCUGUUUUUCUUCUGUAGAGAUAGGACUCUAACAGCAUAUGAACAAUCCAUAUGCAAUUCAUGUGUUAAUUUAAAAUAUACAUGCUCAGUGUUUGUAGUCUAGAAGCUCCUUUCCCUUGGAGCAAUGCCAAGCAGUUUGCAAAAAUAAAUGCUGUUAAAAACCUCAUAAUCACAUGGGCCUACUGAAUAAAUAUGCAUCAGUGAUUAUAUACUUAUAUUUCAGUCUUGUCAAAAGUGAAUCACAGUUUCAUUUGAUGUAUUUACCCAGUCUUUUUAUCCAGUCUUUCUUGGGCAUAUUCUCUCUGAAGACCCACUGUUGCACUUCUAAAUUUGACAUUUAAGAAAUGAGCUAGUUCUAUACACACUGAUUUUAAAGGCGUUUCUGAAUAAGCUAAUACUUAAAAUGUCCAAAGUCACAUCUGUAUAGCAUUAGAUUUUUAUAUUUAAUAUAUAUUUGACUAAUUAAAAGUGAAAAUUGUUACCUGAACUGGAUAUUCGUACUAUUUUAAGGGCAAGUUGCUUACAUUUCAAUAACAACAAAAAAAGAAGCUGUUUCUCAUUGUCCUCCUACUCAACUAAAAUUUCAUAGUUGACUUUAAGCCCAAAAGAAUUUUGGACAAUGUGACAUAAACAAAUAAUUUAAAACUUAUUUUGUUUUAUUUAUACUUUAUAAUAGAUAUGACUGAUUAUGGACAACUUAAGAUUUCUUCUUUUUGGCCAGGCACAGUGGCUCACGCCUGUAAUCCCAGCACUUUGGGAGGCCAAGGCGGGCAGAUCACAAGGUCAGGAGAUCGAGACCAUCCUGGCUAACACGAUGAAACCCUGUCUCUACUAAAAAAAUACAAAAAUUAGCCGGGUGUGGUUGCGGGUGCCUGUAGUCCCAGCUACUCGGGAGGCUGAGGCAGGAGAAUGGUGUGAACCUGGGAGGCAGAGCUUGCAGUAAGUCGAGAUUGUGCCACUGCACUCCAGCCUGGGCCACAGAACAAUACUCCAUCUCAAAAAAAAAACAAAAAACAAAAAAACAAAAAAACAAAAAACAGAUUUCUUCUUUUGCCACUUAAAAGACCUUAUAUUUCUAGAUUUCCAGGUCUAUGUGGAAAUCAUCACACUUGGGCCAAUAAAUGGGUUAGUUGAGAUGUGCUGAGAAAAGUAAAUAGUGUACCCUAAAUAUAUUGCAUGUACAUUUAUCUAUUUCUCUGUUUAAUGCCACUUAAUUUUGUAAGAAAUGAGAAAUGAAACCCUAUGUAUCAAUGGAAAAAUCCUUCUUGCUUCAGAUUUCCCAACUUUAUUCUGGAGGAGAAAAAAAUUUGUAUUUCUCAUUAACAAAGAUAGAAAAAGGUGUUGUACUUAUGAUAGUCACAUUCAUAUUGGGCAUCAGAUCCUAUUUAAGCCUAGAAGUAUAAUAGAGAAUCAGUUCCUUAAGUGUAAAUACGUUCUUAAAUGUUUGGCCUUUUUAUCUGUUAUUCAAAUGUAUUAGUAAUUCUCAUAUUUUGCAAACAGAUCCUUUUGUGUAUAUUAUAAAAUAUAUACCAAAUCUGUUUUUCCCUUUGCUGUGGAAGAUGUCUUUAUAUAAUAUUGAGACUUUCCUUGCAAAUGGGAGAGGAGACUCUGGUCAGGUAUAGUAUGUAGGCCUAACCCCAUGUAUUAGGAACUCACAAACUCAGAAAUCCAAGGAUUAAACAUUUUAUGUCUCCUUCAUUUACACAAGUCAUGCUUUCAUUCUAAAUGUAGUUAAAACUACAAGUAUGAGAAAAAAAUAGAACUUUCCAUUGGAAUUUUUUACAAUCAGGUAAUGUUUUAGCAAUUUGAAAUCAGCACUUAAUUUGAUUGUAUUACCUAUUAAAGAACCAAUAACCUUUCCUUUUUCUGCAGUAAAGAAAAUGAAAUAUCCUUUAUUUUCCAAAUGUAUGAAGCACAAAUGUGAUAUAGUUAUUUAAAAUAUAAAAUACUUUAAAAUGAAUGUAAAGAAUGGGAAAAUAUAUUUUUGCAUGAAAACAGACUACUUACAAAUGUGCUAUCUCAGGAAAAAAAAGAAUGAAUAACCAUAUAUAAAAUUGGUAAACUAUAAAUUGUCUGUAUUUCCUUGCUGGUUUUAAUUUUAAGGAAGCAUUUACAUGAAAAGAAAAAGGGAUCCUAGUAGUCUGAAUUUCCUCUCAAGUAUGCUAGAAAACACUUUCUGUGAAUUUACAAUUAACUGCAAUAAGAAGUGGGUUAGCAUUCAAGUAAGGUGAAUACCCCAAAUGAGAAGCUCUUCAGUUAGAACACAUUAUUGGUUGUAACACAGAAGCAGUAGAUAAAUAUUUGAAAUAUGAGCAUUUCUAAACUUGGUCCCAAAUGGAAAGGGUUUCAUGAGGUGACGGUGGCUUUUAAACAUUCAUUUGACUGAUUAUUCUAAUUUACCUUGUUAAAUCACUGCAACAGUUGCAUGGGGGAAAAUGGAUAUUUUUUGAAGAAUUGCUUAUUCUACUUUCAAUUUUUAAAAAUUGAGGGGAUUAAAAUAUUACUUUUUAAAUAUACAUAAAAGUACCUUAACUGUAAUUACAUUUUCAGUUGCUUUGUUAUAAUAGCAUGUAUAUUAAAUAUAAAAUGCAUUUAUGAAAAUUUUUGUAAAAAAUAAAAGAUUUUUCAUUUCUCAAA